AACGAUUCUGUCUUGCGAAACAUCAUCCACUACUCACAUCUAAUCAUGGCACCACGAAAACUGAAAAUCGCAGUCGUUCCCGGCGAUGGAAUCGGCACAGAAGUCAUGCCAUUUGGCGUGCGCUGUCUCAAGGCCGCCGCAUCUGUCUAUGGACUUGACUUAGAGUUCGAGGAAUUCGAUUUCGCAAGCUGCGAGUAUUACUUGAAACACGGCGACAUGAUGCCCAAGGAUUGGAAAGAUACGCUGUCGCAGUUCGAUGCCAUUUAUUUCGGCGCUGUCGGCCUCCCGGAUGUUCUCCCCGACCAUGUCACGCUAUGGGGAAGUCUGCUCAAGUUCCGUCGCGAGUUCGACCAAUACGUCAACCUUCGCCCUUGUCGCCUCAUGCCAGGAGUUCCGAGUCCAUUGGCGAAUAAGAAGGCGGGAGAUAUCGAUUUCUGGGUUGUGCGAGAGAACACUGAGGGCGAGUACAGCUCGAUUGGCGGGAAGAUUUUCGAAGACACAGAUCGCGAAGUCGUCAUCCAAGAAACCGUCAUGACGCGCGUGGGAGUCGACAGAGUUCUUAAAUACGCGCUCGAUCUCGCCAAUAGUAGGCCGAAGAAGCACUUAACGAGUGCGACUAAAAGCAAUGGCAUUAGUAUCACGAUGCCUUACUGGGAUGCUAGGCUACAGGAGCUGCAAAAGGCAGAAGCGUACUCUGGGCUCAAGAUCGACAAGUUUCACAUUGAUAUUUUAACUGCUUGGUUCGUUCUCAGACCUGAGCAAUUCGACGUCAUUGUUGGAAGUAACCUGUUCGGAGACAUCUUGAGCGAUCUGGGACCAGCUUGUACAGGAACAAUCGGCAUCGCUCCAUCUGCAAACAUCAAUCCGGAGGGUAAAUUUCCAAGUCUCUUCGAACCUGUGCAUGGAAGCGCACCUGAUAUCGCCGGCAAGGGAAUCGCGAAUCCCGUGGGGAUGAUCUGGGCUGGUCAGAUGAUGCUCUCGCAUUUCGGAUUUAGCGACGCCGCAGACGGUAUGCUGAAGGCGAUUGAAAAUGUCCUUGCAAGACAAGAGGCAACUGUGGUUACGCCAGAUAUGGGUGGAAAAUCAGGAACCACGGAAACGUUGGGUGUGGCGAUUGAGAAGGAAAUUUUAAGUUUGGCAAAGUAAAUGUAUCAAUUGAUCCCAGUGUAAAAAGUGC